AAUCCAGCAAGCGGUGGGAUGUCCAACCGUGACUCGCUGGGCUUUGGGGAUCUGAUUCCCCACGAUGUGGUUGAGAUCUUUGCCCAAGAAAAGCAUCAUAAAAAAGGGAGGAAAAAGCGCAGUCACUCCCUGGGCCGGGCCUUGGGCUGGCUAAAGGGCAAGAAGAGGAAGGAUCACGAAGCUAAUGGGCAGAAUCCAGGUCUCGGUCCCGCGCUGGACUUGGCUUUGGACGGACACGUACCUGCGCAUCUCAGUGGGAACAAGGGAGGACACAAGUCAGGAAGACAGAGCCACACUCAAGGAAACAGCCAUGCUGUGCUAAAUCUGAAUGAUGAUAAGACCCCACCUCCUCCGCUGCUCCAGGAGAACGUGUUCAUCGAGGCCAGCAGGCCCAAGUACCUCGAGGACCUUCACAGUGAGGCCUUGGAAGGCUUGAAAAUGAUGCAACAAGAAGAGAACAAUGCUGGAGUGGAAUUCCAAGAUAAUGAAAGCACAACUUCGACAAUGACAGCCCAGACAGAUGGUGAGGGUGGCGGGUUUACAACUGACAGCACCAUUCCUGACGCAUCCUCUGUUGCUUCUAUGCAAUCGUCUGUGUCUUCAAAAUCAUCCCGUUCUGGUCUGACCAGGCAAGGAUCAACAUUCAGGCCUUUAAACGCUGGUAAGCAGUCAGAAAAAGGCAGGACACGAAGACGACAAAGGAAGACCGUGGGAAGCAUCCCUCGUCAUGUACAGCGAGAACUCGGGUUGGACAGAGCUGGCCAGUCAAUGCCUUUAAAAUUAGAUGAGGAAGAACGUUUCAAUAGCGAUUGUGACAGUGAUCAUACAAGAGCAUCCGAACCCAGCAGAAAUGUCAUCCAGCCCAUCAGCGAGGAGCAAGUUGAGCAGAUUCGUGUUGGUCAUAUGGAUGAUCUGGCCUUGCUGCAGCGAUUGGGCCCGGACUUGCUAGAUGGGCAGCGGCCUUGGUCAGUGGCAGUUCCCUCAAUGACCACCGCCAAUAGUCUUCAACAGGAGAUGCCAUCCCCGGUCAUGUCAAUGUCUCCCCAGGCUGCUUACAUGUCCAAAAUCAUUCCCAAUGCUGUGUUGCCACCAUCUAUUGAAGUGGUGGAGAUCAGCCGAGGCCAGAGCCGCAACAGCCUCCGAACUGUCAGCAAGAGCAGCCUUCUUCUGUCCAGCCCUUCCCCAUCCCGUACCUCGACUAGAACCACUUCCUCUAGAAGCUCCAAAAUCAGCUCGGCCUACCGCCACAACCCUUACAACCUAUCGGACACUUCGGGCUGGAGCCACUCCGAGUCCUCAGAGACUUUGGUGUCAGACUCUUCUACCAUCUCCAGUGGUAAUAUCUCUAGAAAAGAGCCCUCAAAAGACAAAGAAGCAGAUUCCAUCACUGUCAAUGGCAAGCUCGUUAUUACUAUGGAACAAGGUAAUAAGAAAGAGGGACCCUUUGUACGGAGCCUCUCUGUCAUGAAGCCAAAAAGGGCUCCGCCUCCGCCAAGUCGCUCCUAUUCGCUGCACAAUAAGAUGAAGCGUCGAUCGCGAGAUUUAGCAGAGGUGGUGGUUAUUUCAAAGGAGCCACGUCCUCAAAGCAAUUCUGCUUUAGGAGAGGGAACUGAGGAACCUGAAGCGCCUUCUCCUGUAAGGGCGAUAGAUAGCCCCGGCUACAACGGAGAUACCAGCUCUCUAGAGGACUCAACAGGCUCAGUGUUAUUUUAUAAGACGAAAUCACCACUGGCCAGUGACUCAGCUAAGGCGGUAAAAACGGUUCCUUCGUCACGAGAAAAACUGGAACCAACACAAGAGAAUAAAGUCAGCAAAAUAACCUCCCCGUCCAGUGGCUAUUCAAGCCAAGAUUGCACAUCCCCACAGUUUCAGCCUAGCAGCGCCUCACCAAAACACAAAAGAGGAAUUCUAGCAAAGCUUCAAAAGUUAUUCCCUAGUGCCUCAUCGCCAUCCCCCCUCAUACAUUUGGAAACAAAUAAAAGUGCAAUAUCCUCCAAAGAUCCACAGUCUCAACCAGAAAGAGGGGAUUGUCAAAUUGUCAGCCCCUCUGUAAAGACCUUGAGAGAACUCUUUGACAUCCCUCCACACCCUAAAGUCCACGCACCUCCAGCCCCCCCUCCCGAGGUUUGGGCUCACAACAAGCGCACCUUUGAGUUGCUACUGGGACCCCCAGCCCCAGACAAUGUCUAUGCUAUUAUAAAAAAGAAUCCAAAAGACAGGAGACAACAAAGAUCAUCUGCAUCUGUGUCUACAGAGGGCUCUGUGAAAAGUUUGACUGGAGAAAGAAAACAGAAAAAUCUGACUACGUCAGUGGAUUCCACAAAUGGGAAAGAGAAAGUUGAAGAAAGUGCACUUUUGAAUGUGAAUCAGAUUCACAAAAUCAGCAAUGAAAGACUGACAAAUCAGAGCGUAGAUUUUGAAGGAAAUGGCAAAGUGAAACAAAACGAUGAGAAGGUACGAGUAAGUGACAUGUUGAAUGGAAUGUUAGUGAAAGCUGCAGAAAAAAGGGAAGAAAGACUGGUGGCGAUGAGUGGCGGCGUAGGCAAAAGUAUACCCACGCAAGCUUCAGAGUUGAAGGUUAAAAAGAGUAUUGUACAUGCCAUUUCGUUAACACGCACAUCCCCGUCACCUUCUCCUCCUCCUGCACACUUACCCCCAGAGCCCCCCAGCAAACAAAUCACAGUGGUAAACAAUGCGGCAUCUCCUGAAUCCUCCUGGCCCCCACCACCUCCACCAAUAAUACAAAUAGCCAGUAUGCCAGAUGAGUUGGAUUUCCCCCUACCACCUCCACCCUUAAUUACGGAGGGGCUUCUGCCGCCACCGCCGAGUAACGUUCCUGCUGCAGCAACUAUCACAGAAUAUCACUCCUCUUGCACAACUCCAACAGUUAUUGUGACCACGGAACCAGAACCACAGGAUUCUAUAACGUCCCAAUCGGUUGCACCUUCACCUCCCUUGAUUAUCCCCCCUCCACCAACCUAUGCAGCACCCCCUCCACCAACCAUAGCUGCCCUCACUGUGAGAGCUAAAGAAGUCAUUCCUUCUCCACCUAAGGAGGUCUCUCCUCUGAUAACUCAAAGGGUCUUUCCACCACCCCCAGAUGUGGUUCAAGCUGUGUUAACUAAAGAAUCUGCCCCUCCAAUGGUUCAAGUACUGCCUUCUCUACUGACAAAAGACAUACCUCCACCUUUGUCCCGUGUUAAGGAAGAUCCCCCUCCUCAGGUUAGCCAACACCCACUUUUGCCUGCAGAAACAGUCUCACCUCCCUGUUCUGAAGAUGUUCUUCCAUCUUCUCAAGAGAUUAAUUCACAGAUCACAGAAGAAGAAACCCUUGAUUCCAAACUAUAUCCACCUCUAAGUAUUCCACCCCCACCACCAAGCGAAACCCUAAAGUUGGACUCUGAGGUGAUCCUUAAACAAGAAAGCAUCUCAUCUGAAUCUCAAAGUAAGCAAAUAUCAUGUAAUGGUAUUCUCACUCCCCCUCAAAGUAUUCCACCUCCUCCUCCUCCCUCAGAACUUCUCCCAUCAGAUGUGACUGCUCUCCCAAACACUGAUGGGCUGCACCUUAAUGAGGGCCCUAUUUCACCACCAAAAGACAUUUCCAUCCCAUCAAAUGUUGAUAUCUCUCCAUCGCCGGAGAAGCCUGAGGAACCAGCACCUUCCCCACCUGUAAGCAUUCCUGUGCCACCACCUCUUCCUGUCGUGAAUCAUGACAGUCCUUUGCACCACACAAGUAAUGCAAACACAGAAAAUGAAAGCCCUGAACCUUCUUCUGAUAUUGUUCAAGAGCAACCUGUCCCUGUGGUCACACCUUCAUUGUUGCAAAUGGUUAAACUGCGGGCUGUUAACAACAGCCCUGAACCUCCUGCAGCGGAAGAGCCAGCUCAAGAUGAAGAUGUGAAAAUCCAGGUACUCAACGGCUUGAUCCAAUCUCCCCAAACCAACACCGAGGCCCCACAGAAGCCCAUUAGAAGAUCUCUGAUCAUAUCCUCACCUACAUCCACGUCUCCACCUGCAAUUGUCACCUCCCAACCAGAUCUAACUCAGGCCCAGUCUGUCGUUAUUGUUCCACCUGAACCUUCACCCACACCCUUCAAAUCUACAGCAACAACCACCUCCAUGAACCUACAGGAGGCCAUCCGCCUGCGGACAGCUGCCAGAUCAAGGGACAGUUCUGCAUCUCGCCUCAGCUUGCAUUCACCUACUUCACCAAAAGAUCACUGUCCGUCUCCAACCAGCACAGCAAGUUUUAUCUUCUCAAAGAACAAGAAGAUGGGGAUAGACCCCACAACUCUCUCACAGAAAAUUCAACACAUUUCUACAAAGGUGGUCAACGAGGUGGAGUUGACAACAAAAGCAAAGAUGCCACCACCUGUUGCAAAGAAGCCCAAAACAAAGGCUAUUGGUGUGGAGAGCAGCGAUGGAAUGGAGCAGACUGAAGGACAGCCAGCACAGACAGAGAGCAUCAUGGGUAAGAAUAAUUCUCGAAUAACUUACUUUGCGUGGUGA